CGUGUCUCCGGGAACAUAUGCACGACAUCGAACGGUAUUGAAUCCUCAUUCCCGAGCCGUUGGGUUUGCAUUGUGCCUUGGAAUGCUCACUGCCCUUAAUAUCCGUUAAAGAUCGCUUACAAUGCCCAUUGUUAUUUUUCUUCGCCUUUGUUUUGUUCGCUCAUGUAAGCUAUGAAACGGUGCUACCAUAACACGGCGUUAUAGGCAAACAGACUUGAUGAUGGUGUUCUGUCCAUCGUUGUUGUUGACAGCCGUUGUUCCAGUGGGGAAUAACAGAACUUGAUACAACAACACCUCUGGUACCGUCCGUCUUGCACCAUGCGCCAAGAACAUGUUAAUAGUCUGAAUGAAUUGAACUAAAUGCGAAUUAUCCUUCGAUUGUAAUGGUGGUUUGGUGGGCUCUUCAUCGAGUGAAUCUAAUACAUUUACUCAUGGCUCGUACAAGACGGGGAACGCUUAACAACAAGAUGUGACACUAUGCUCUAGCUACCAUUCAAGGUUUAUAAAAAAAGAAACGAUAAAAUAGGAUACAGAGGGACUCAAAAGGCAUUUAUUUGAAGUGCAAUGCCUCAUAUAAGACGUAAAAGGUUGAGAAAUGGCCUGGUGUUGAAGUGGCAAUGACCAUAGGUCCAUAGUACACAAUAAGCCGGGUUUUAGCAUAGGACGGUCGAAUCGUAUAAUGGUUAGUACAUAUCCUUCACACGGAUAAGACCCGGGUUCAAUUCCCGGUUUGACCUCGUCUUCUUGACUUAAUUUUUUUUUUACUUUAUAUGAUCUGUUUCGUCAAAGAUAUGCAUAUCCAACCUCUACAGUUCUUUUUAUUUUCUUUUUGUAGUGAUAUUUCGUGCUUGUAGCUCAAUUCGUACUGGGUCGCCUACUGUGUGACUAUUAGCCGCCAGAUGGCUGGGACGGCCCGUAGGUCGUUACGUACUGGCCCAGCCAUCUUACAGCCACUUGAUUUAGCUCGUCAUUGUUAGACCAUCUCCCAUUGUUGUUGGCAGUGCCAGAAUUCCAGCCUGCAAAAAUAGCAGCGUUGUUCCAGAAUCAAGCCGAUGCUACUAUCUUCGUUUUAUACUUUCCGCCGAUUGUAAUCAGUCUUUCGAUAGAGUUGAUUUGCAAGCUUCGACGUUCAACAUCGAGCGCACGUCCGCGCCUGUUGACUUGAUUGCGUUGGUGGCCAACCGGGCAACCGUAGCAAGCCAACUUUACGCUCACCCUUGUCGCAACCUCGGUUUUUUUUUUCUCGAUCAAAGAAAGCUUGUCGCCUUAACAAAGGCACGGUAUGCGACGGCAUUGACACUUGCUUCAGCAGAUUGCGGAAAACCCUUCACUGCUGUCUAGUUUUGCGCAGCUGCCGUCGCAAUGCCUGAGCCAGUGCAUCGCGACCGAGACGAAGCCCACAGCAGGGAUCGCAACAGGGGCAAGGGUAAAGAAAAGUACCGAGAGCCAGACACAGAGACUGAAAAAGAUGAGGAUGACGACGUAUCCGAAAAAGACGACUACGAAGCUGAGCGCGCACGGGAGAUCGAAGCGGACAAAGAGCGAGAGCGGCGUCGCGAUCGCCGCCGUGCCGUCAAGCGCGAACGAGAACAGAGAGAUCGCGAGCGGGACUCCGAUAAAGACAUAGAGUCGGAACCCGAGCGCCCAAGACCUGUUGACGGCGAGAGAGUGCGGGACAGAGAGCCAGACAAAGAUCGUGCUCAACCGAGAGACAGAGACCGUGAUCGCGACAGAGACUUAGACAAGGACCGAGAGCGGGAUAGGGACCGUGAGCGUGACCGGGACAGAGAUCGCGACAGAGACCGCGACCGAGAUCGAGACAGGGACCAACCCAGACCCAGACCCCGAGAUAGAGAUCGUGACCGACCCUUACCCCGCGAGCGCGACUACGAAGCACCACCAGCAAGCAAGCGACUGAGCAUUACUGAUCGCAUCCUCAGCACAUUCAACCCAGGUCGCAAAGACCCAGCCGCCAGCGCCGUAGGAACUACACCACUAUCGCCUAUCGAGCGAGACCGAGACGAUGGCAUAGACCGCAACUCGCCCCGACGCCGACCCAAUGUCGAAAAAGUGCGAGAGUAUCUAGACAAAUGUAGCUCGCUGCACGGCAGCCACUGCAGCGGCGACGGUGGUCAUGACAUUCGUACCUGGCGGCCCGAAUUUCUGAUAGACACAGUGGAUGUACGGCUGGUCGCAGCAAAGCCAUCUGACCGAUACAUUGCGCUCAGUUAUGUUUGGGGCACGGAAGUCCGACGUGCUACGCAGGAAAUGCCAGCCCAGCUUCUGCGAUCCAACGUGGAGGAGCUGCAGAAUACGCUCUCAGGUGUCAACAUCCCCCGCACCAUCGCAGACGCCAUGUACCUGACAAAGAAGCUUGGUAUUCGGUUCCUCUGGGUUGAUCGCCUCUGCAUUGUACAGGAUGACGAGUCGGUCCGGGAGAACCACAUCAGCCACAUGGCAUACAUAUUCUCCAACGCCUAUCUCACCGUUAUCGCCGCAUCGGGCGACGUCUACUCUGGAUUAGAGGGUGGUGCGGCGCCAUCCCGCCGUCAAUCCCUCAAAGGCGGCAGCACAAGCCACCAAGAUAUGCUUGCAAGGUCAAGGUGGAAUACUCGAGGAUGGACGCUACAGGAGCUGCUGUACUCGCGACGAGCCGUCUUCUUCUUCCCGGAAGGUAUAUCUUGGGAAUGUCACUGCGAUAUCUGGCAAGGAAGCUCGGGUGGUCUUAGCAAGAUGUUCCGAGGAUCUAACAAUUCCGCACCGUGCAACAACAGGCUCUCUUCAUCCGCUUUUGGCUUCCAGCAUUCACCGUGGCCCGACUUGGAGGAAUAUGCGCGCAUUGCGGCUGAUUAUAGUGCCCGCCGCGUAACAUUUGUCGAUGAUACGCUCAAAGCCUUCUCUGGCAUUACUCACGUACUGUCCAAAGUCUUCCCAGGAGGCUUCAUGUACGGCAUGCCGCUCCUGUUUCUGGAUGUAGCCUUGCUCUGGCGUCCCCAAGCUUCCAUCCGACGCAGAGCGCUAUCCCGCCCGCCGUUUCUGCCAUCUUGGUCCUGGAUGGGAUGGUGGUUUGAUGGUGUCCCGGUCGACUUGACCCUUUGGCGAGCAUCUGCCGACUAUGUUGAGGAGUCUAGAGCUGGUAAGCGAGGUCAGCCUAUCAAGCGUUUCCAGUCGCCCAUUUCAUUCCGCAUCAAGCCUACUAUAACGUGGAGGCUUACAGAUCGUUCCGUCAAUGUUCCGGUGCCAAAUAUGGGCUUCCAGUUCCGUGAAUUACGCAGUCGCCGUAACACAUCCGCCGUCAUGCCCCCAGGAUGGAGUAGGCAAGGUCAGCGCUUCGUCCACGACAGCGACGACCUGACCUAUUUCAGAUACCCAGUGCCUGUGGAAGAUCCGCCAGAGGAGGGCGAGCACGAGGCUCCAGCUGGAGAGAUUAUAAAUCCUGGGCCGCUGCUCUCAUUUACGACAACUGGCGGCCUGUUUGACGUUAGCUUUGCAGAGGCAUUCUCGCCGCCAGACUCUACUACCCCUCCUGUCGCCAUAGGAAAUAUCCUGUCGCGAUCGAACAAAUGGAUUGGCGAGUUCCGUGCCCACGACGCCUGGCUAGGAAUCCAGUCGUCUAACUAUGCUGGUGAUGAGAAACUUGAGUUUAUCGCCAUCUCUACGGCCAUGGAGCGGCGCGGGUCGCUCGUCUUCUCCCCAGAGCAGUUUGAAGAAAACGUGGAGUCAGACGGUAUUAUGGAUAUCGUGAAUGUACUUUGGAUCGAACGCAUUGGCGGCGUGGCUUACCGUCGCGGCAUUGGGCAUAUUGUUCGAAAGGCCUGGGACGCUCAUGCCAAGGAUGAAGUUGACAUUAUGUUGGGUUGAUUGAUGGGAAAGCAGUAGACAGUUGGGGUUUCAGCGAUGGCGUUGAUUAUUAUUUUAUGACAGAGACCAAUAUUACUUGGCGAGUAAAUCGUGUAUAUCGGAAUGUUUUAUAAUAGUAUAUUAGUUAGUGCAUGGGCCGCCUGGUUCUUUGAUCACCUUGUGUGUGGUAGCGAAUUGAUUGUUGAACAGAAGCCUUAUAUAUUUGUGACAUGGCAGAUCUGCUAUUGCUGAUGAAACUGUAUGAAGCAAACGUGGGAUAUUAUCUUUUUAUUGCAAACAUUCAACUCUUUGUGCACCG